CUUCACAAACAAAACAUGAAACUGAAAGUAUACAUCCUAGGUGUACUCGUCCUUUUGCUGCGAGUACACGCGCGACCAGAAAAGUGCGAACUUUCCGAUGGUUCUUCUGGUAAUUGCGUUUUGGCGUCGAAAUGUCCAUCUACGGUUGAUCAAAAGCCGAAGAUUUGCGGAUUCCAGGGUUUGGAUUCUAUGGUUUGUUGCGAGAAAUCGGGUAUCGUUUUAAGGAGGAGUCUGGAAUUUUGCGAUGAAACGCAGAUCCGGAAAACAGAUCCUGGUGCCGACGUGCAGCAUGCGAUCGGAAGUGUUAACGCUUUGCCUAGGGAAUUUCUUCAUAUGGCCAGUUUGGGUUAUGGAACUGACGUCGAUAACGUCGUUUGGGCGUGCGGUGGAAGUCUGAUCAGUAAGAAAUUUGUCUUAACAGCGGCGCACUGUGUAUCCAGCAGAGACAUAGGCAACGUAAAAUUUGUUAGAUUAGGUGAUCUGAAUUUAAAGUUGUACAACGAAUCGGCAGAGCCACAGGACUUCCGUGUUGUCAGAACAAUCAAACAUCCGGAUUAUAGAAUACCUUCUAAAUACCAUGACAUAGCUUUGGUCGAAUUGGAUCGCAAAGUACGUCUUUCCCCGUACGUAAAACCAGCAUGUUUGUACACGGAGAAGGAAAGCUCGAAUAAAUCAUUCAUUGCGACGGGUUGGGGAAAUCUGGGCUUCAACGGUGAACCGGCUGUACAUCUGCAGAAAUUGUACAUACAGCAAAAGAACAUCGAUGAAUGCAAGAAGUACUUCGAGGCGAACACUCGUAGUCUAAGCAAAGGCAUCAUAGAAGACAUGCACAUUUGCGCUGGAGAUAUUAACAAAGACACCUGUCAGGGCGAUUCCGGAGGUCCGCUCCAACAGAGGAACCACAAAUACUUUGAUUCUUGGAACAUUCACGGAAUCGUUUCGUUCGGAAAACCUUGCGGCUUGAGCAAAGCACCUGGCGUUUACAUCAGAGUUUCCUAUUACAUCGAUUGGAUUGAAUCAGUUGUAUGGCCCAACUGAAAAUAUGA